AUGUCAAACGGGAUGGGGGACGAUAUUACCGGCGAGCCCGCAACCGCUGGUGACUUGCCGCCUGGAGCCGAGCCCUUCGUCAUUCUAAAACAACUGGUCGAGCUCGAUAUCAACUUCCGCGAGAAAAGCAUCAGUGGGGUAUCGACGAUCCACCUAUUCACGAUAAACCCGGAUCUAGAUGAGAUUACGCUCGAUGCCCGCCAGUGCGACAUCGACCUAGCGAACAUCACCGUUGACGGCUUCAGAACGACGGCGACUUUCUCCGACCCGUACGAUCUAGCGCAAACCCCGCGCCACUGGCAGAUCGGCGCCGCCCAGCAUCAUGUCGUGAAGCGCCGGAUGGCGCCCCUCAGGCCUGCGCGGAGACCCGAGGUCCCUAACAAAGACCGAAUAACGCUCCCUUGCUGCGUUCCCGCGGACCGCGCGCUUAAGGUGUCGCUGCGUCCCAACGGCCCCUUCAACGAGCCUCGGCGAACCCUCAAGAUCAAGCCAAUGAGGGCCGACAAGGACGCUCCGGUGGACAGGCCAGACCCAAACGACGAGAAGAAUGGGAUUAAGAUCUCCAUUCCUUUCCGCUCCAAGACCAUCCGUGAUGGCCUGCAUUUCGUCGGUGUCGAUGAGGGCGACCUGAGAUACGCUCACGUCUAUACCCGUCACUCGAUCGAGCCCGGGACCGCAUCCUGCAUCUUCCCUUGCGUCGACGAUCCCGGAUCGAGACAUCCCUGGAAGAUCUCAAUCAAGUGCCCGAGAACGCUGGGUGACGCCCUUGAGCAGCCUCUAGCCACGCAGCCAGUGCAAGCGACAAAUGACAGCCGGAAACGGAAGUUUGGAGACGCCGUACCCUCAACUCCGCCACCUCAUCGGCUGGACGAGGAGGAUAAGCUGAGAGAGAUGACGGUCGUCUGCUCCGGGAAUCUCAGCGGCGAGCAGAUAGAUCCACAGGAUCCCAAGAAGAAGAUCAUGACCUUUGAGUCUCAGCUCUCGGCAGCCCAGCACAUUGCGUUUGCCGUGGGUCCUUUUGAGCAUAUUCAGCUAUGGUCUGAAUUUCGCACAGAAGAAGCCGACGAGAAGCUCGGCGCCAACGCUGCAAAGAUUCACGCCUACUGCCUCCCAGGGCGGGCGGAUGAGGUGCUCCACACGUGCGGCCCCAUCGUCAUGGCAGCAGACUUUUUCGCCCCCGAGUUUGGACGCUAUCCCUUUGAGAGCUACAAGAUCUGCUUUGUCGACGAUAUGAUUCCCGAUACCACAGCGGCAACAUCCAUGUCUCUGUGCAGCACCAGGCUACUCUAUCCAAGGGAUAUCAUCGACCCGGAAAUCGACAUUACGAGGAAGUUGGUCCAUGCGUUGGCCAGCCAGUACUUUGGCGUCCACGUCGUUCCGAAUCAACGCUCCGACAGCUGGCUCAUCGUUGGCAUCCAGUGGUACAUGACAGAUCUCUUCAUGAGAAGUCUCUGCGGGAACAACUGGUACCGGUUUCAUCUCAAGACGUUGUCAGACAAGCUGGUAGAGGUUGACGUCCAUCGGCCGUCGCUUCAUGAUCUUGGGGAGCACCUUCACAUUGGGGAUUUUGAGCUAGAUUUCAUGUCCCUCAAGGCACCCCUGGUGCUUUUCAUCCUCGACCAGCGCAUGUUCAAGAUUCCGGGCUCUACGGGCAUCGCCCGAGUCAUCUCCCAAAUCGUCUCUACCGCAAACAUCAACGCGGACAUCCAAAACACUUCACUCUCGGCCACUGAUUUCCGAAAGGCCUGCGAGAAGAAGAGCCAGUACCAGCCGGACGAAUUGUGGCAGCAAUGGGUGCACAGCGCCGGUUGCCCGAAGCUCCUGAUUAAGCAGAAAUUCAACAAAAAGAAUCUCAAUGUUGACAUUUCCAUUGCCCAAACCCAGGCCAAGGACGGCGGGCCAAAGGCCAUCACCAAGGAGGACUUCUUGAAGGAGCUCCUAGAAGAGGUCCACGAGGUCUGGGCGGGGACGGUCCCCAAGCUUUUCACCGGUCCCUUCACUGUACGCAUUCAUGAAGCCGACGGCACUCCGUAUGAGCAUUACCUCGCCAUCACGGACAAGGACAAGGUAGCCACGACGCUUCAAAUCGCCUAUAAUACCAAGUACAAGCGAAUGAAGCGCACCAAGAAGGCCACGGCUGCCGCUGCCAACGCCGCUGAUAAGCACGAUAUCCAGGAGGACGACAUCGUCUACUUUAAUAUGCUGGGCGAUGUUCUCAUGACUCCCAAGGACAUCGAGAACUGGGGUCUUCAGGACUGGUCGGAGAGUGUGCAACUCGCAAUGGAUCAGGAGUCCUACGAGUGGAUCCGGCUGGACUGCAACUUUGAGUGGCUAUGCGAGAUGAUCACCGACAUGCCCGGCUACAUGUAUUUGGCUCAGCUGCAGCAGGAUCGAGACGUCGUCGCCCACCAAGACGCCAUGCUCUUCUUCAAACGGGGCAAGCGGCAUGGGGUUGCGUCCACCAUCGAGACGCGGACAGUCAUGGACCGCCGGUACUACCACGGCAUACGGACCAUGGCCAUUGAGGACCUCCCGAAGCAGGCGGAUCCAGACCUCAACUACAUUGGCAAGGCCCAGCUCAUCCUCAUUUUCCGGCAUUUCUUUUGCGACCGGAUGGUGGGCAAGAACGGCAGCGUCACGUUUCCUCCGGCGCCCAACAAUUUUGAGGACAAGGCGCAGUAUGCAGUUCAGUGCGCUCUUCCGGAGGCCAUCGCCCGUACAAGAGAAAAUGGCCGCUGCUCUCGGGAUGCGCGGAACUUUCUGCUCGACUUGCUCCUUUUCAACGACAACAGGGAAAACCCGUAUUCCGAUCAGUUUUACAUUGCCAAGUUGUUGGAGGCAGUCACGACAUCUGUCAUACCAGACAAGCACGAGGGCGAGGCAGACCUCAUGUCGACCCUUAGAAUGGAUGACGACGACGAUGUUGAGCUGAGACGCUUCAUUGAGAAGACCAUUGAAGAGAUCGAGAAGUACCGCCGUAUGGACGAGUGGACAUCGACCUAUCAGAAUAUCUGGACAACAACGGCCCUGAACUGCAAGAUGCGGCUAAUGAAAGCCCGUGUCAUCCCAGUUGCGCCGCUCGACUUUGUUCAGUACCUUCAGGACGACAAUUACGAUCUCAUCAGAAUCAAAGCCUUUGAGUGUCUUGUCGAGCUGGGACUUCUCGCCAAAGUCUCAAUUAUGAAACUGCUGCUUGCGAAUGUAAGCAGCGACCCGUCGCCCUUCGUUCGUGACCGGCUCUUCAAGAUUUUCUGCAAGGGCGUGGCAGCUAUCGCUUUGGGUGAAACCAAAGCGGCUCAGCCUGACCCAGAAGUCACUGUCGACGACAGCGGCCUGAUCAUCGAACAGGGUGAGGCCGAGUUGCAACAGAGGAAGCUCGAUGCCACCCGGAAUCAGAGCAUUCACCAAGCGCUUAUAGCGCUAAAGGAAGAUCUCAAGGGAAACAUCGAGAUGCAGACUGGAAUCUGGCGGGCGGUCGAGUCCCCAUGCAUCAGCAUCAAGGAAAAGUUUCAGCUGCUGACAAUCUGUUCGGCCAUGUUUGAGCCUGACGACUCCCUCCUUAUGACCUUCAACUAUCCGAAAUACUGGAAGUGCACUCGGGAACCCAGCGUCAACGGGAAGGCGCCCAAUGGAAAGAAACAGUGCAUCGUCCGGUUUACCACGCAUUAUCGCACAGAACCGCGGAACAAACUGUUGGUCGAGCUACCGCCGCCUCCUCCGUAUGAAAAGCCUGCAGAGACCAAGAAAAUCAAGCUGAGCGCCACCAAAGUAUCCGUCAUCGGGGCUUCGAAUAGCCGCCCCCCUACUCCAGGGCCGAUCGUUCGCAAAGACUCGAUCUCGGUUACAGCGCCCCGGCCGACAGCGCCAGCCCCGGUUGGGGCCCCUUCGGACUCUAUUUCCGUCCAGCCCGUCGCUCGACUGUCCACGCCUAUCGCGGCAUCGCCGCUACCUAUCACUUCGUUCACUCAACCAUUGGCGCCUGCAGCGAAGGCGGUAGAUAAACGACCCAAGGCGCCCAAGAAGCGGAAAAGCGACGAGGGUGAUGGCCCUGAUCGCCCAAAGAAAGUGGCACGAACGGAGCACGGCGCCAAUGGUCAGCGGGCAAAGCUCGUCAAGGUUCCAUUCAAGUCCUGGGAUAGACUACCUGAGCGGAUCUUGCAGAAGAUCAGGGCUGAAGAGGUGGUCCGGGCCGAGUCGUCGACUAUUGUCGCGACUCCUGUGGCAAAGCGUCCAGUGCUUGAGAUUCCAGGGUCUGGAGCGCCGCAAACGACAGCGCGCGCUGAGUCUCCAGGGCCCGCACUCCCGCCGGCCUCGCCAGGUGCUGUUGCGGUGCCGCCGUCAGCGAAUGCUAAAAAGCGCAAGCCGCUGCCCUCGGCCGCGCCUCAUCAUCCGCCGCCCACUCCGACCCUUCCCGUGCCCGCAAGCGGAGGAGGAUCUAAUCUGCCAACAACCGGAGGUGGCUCUAAUCCGCCGAAGAAGCUGAUCAAGUUGAAGAUCAAGCCGUCCUCGCACAUGUCGCCGCCGCAAGCAUCUCCCCCCGGCCCGUCACCUAGUUGA